GUCAGCAGAGAGCAGAGGAGAAAAAAUAUUGUACAGAUACGUAAAUAGCGAAGAGGAGAUCGAAGAAGUUUCUUCACGGGCUAUACAGCGAAAAAAAUCGGAUUUUGCAGAUAUUUCGUCGCGUUUUGAGCAGUGGGUUUUACAGGUUACAGUGUCGAGAUCCGAUUUCCGGUAAAGUUUACGGUUCUUCGAUAGGAACUUCGGAAUUUUUCAUCUGGAAAGGACAGGAAAAAUAGUGCAAAAGUAGUCAGUGCUAGCUAGCGGAUGGCUGAGUAGAAAAUUUUCUGUGGAGUUAUUUUUUCCUAUCCAUUCGUCGUUGCCGUUCCUCUUUCGUCCGUCGUGGCCUUCAUCAAACGGAGUCGGAGGGUGAACUUUUCUGCUGCUCUAGGAAAUUCUUGGGAAAGGAAAAACGCUGCAGCCUAUCAUUGAAUUUUCUCUCGACUAAGGCACUAAUCUCCAUAUUGCGGGAUGCGUAAGAAAAUGCGUUUUGUUUGCAAAAGUGCGUCCCCAGUUGGCACUAGUGUUUAGAGGAAAAUCUGUGAAAAACACGCAACGGGCAUUGAUGAAAGUGCGAGGCAUUUUUUUGGCCAAACUUGCAAUUGAUUUUGUACAAAAAUAAAAUAUUCUCUUCCUAUUGCAUUUACCAGAAAAUAAUACCAAAAAGUGUGUGUAAGUGUGUGUAUUAUGUACUGAGAAAAAGGGAAGUUAGAAAUCCUAUAAGAACCCAUCCCAAGUGCUUUGAUGAUUUCCCGUCCGGCCGGUGAUAGGAAAGUUUUGCAACAAAAGUUACACCUAAAAGAAAUAGAUUAAACCGGAUUAGUUCUCUGAACUAUGGCGAAUCCACGAAAAUUCAGCGAGAAAAUUGCCUUGCACAACCAAAAGCAGGCUGAAGAGACAGCGGAAUUUGAGAGAAUCAUGCGGGAAGUUUCGGAUGUCACGUCCAAGGUUUCGAGGAGUGCCAAUCUCACACCCACACUCGGUGGUUUGGGUACAUUUCGAGGCGGUUCACUGCCGAACGUCAACAACGAUAACGAUAAAUAUCAGGAAAAGGGCGACGAUGGUGGUACAUUGACAGAGCUGAAGUCCUACACACAGCUGGAAAGUGUAAAAAUCAAAAAGGAAUCAGUAGCUAAGCCGAAUACUCCAUCCAAUCACAGUCGAGAGUCUAGGGUACGAACUCCUGGUGGACCAAUGCGUAAUAGACAGUCAAGUCGGAACCACGACACGUCGCCCUACGGUAGCAAUUCGGUGCAUCUUAUACCUCCGAUGGAAAGCAACUGGCAUCGAUCCAUUUCGGACUCGGCCAUCCAUCAGAGUAUAUGCCAAAACCAGCCAGAGUCCAAUCACCUGAACACACACUCACCUCUUACGUUAAGUCCAACAGUUCGAAGAAAGAUUUCAAAUGCUCAAAGUAUCUCUAAAGUGCAUCAGCAUAUAUCAUCGAACCAUCUUGAAAACCAUUCGCCACAUGAUAUGAGAUCCCGAUCAUCGACUGGUCUGGCCGGUCUACCAGGGAUAAACAUUUAUCCAUCGCAGAACCACACAGAUAGUAUACAAAUCCCUAUUCCUAGUAAUACAGGUUCGCUACCGGAUUUGACUUCCGUUGGUUAUCCUAUGUACUCAUCAUCACUAGAUCAGGAGUAUGAUCAUAACGCUCAUAACAAUAGUUACUGUGCUAGUCCCAUUGGAACAUCUCCGUCAUCGUUAUCCCCAACAUCGGCCAUUCACAACCAUCACCCGCGGCCUCGACCAAACAAUUUUGGUGGGGGAGGUGAAGGAGGCGGUGGCUAUCAAAUUCCGACCAGCAGUCAUCCCAACAGUGGCAAUGUUAGCCCCAGCAACAACAACAACACCACCACCACUAACCUAAACAACACUACCAACAAUAACAACAACAACAACGGUAGUAGUACUAAUCAUAACAACAAAACAAAGAAUAAUAAUCAAAAGCCGAAGUCUAGUCAACCUUUUUUAUCUGUACCAGAUAGCAAUAGAUUUUCAUUUAUGUCGAAGCAGGGUAAUAAUACUUACGAGCUGAGCCAAUCGCCCCAGCCACAGCAGCAGCAACAACAGCGGGUACCAACAUUGGAUCAGAUUAACUACGACAACUUUAGUCAGUUGAAUGAUGGCCUAUCGUCGCCGAACCAGCAAAAUUCUCCCGAAAAUAUUCUGUACGGAUCUCAUGGGAACAUUUCACCGCAUGUGAUGCUAGAUUAUCGAAAUAGGCCAAGUCCUGGUUCUAGUCCUGGCCUGGUGCUCAACCUUGACUCAAGUUCUAGCGCGCCAUGCAGUCCUGUGUCUCAUAGUAUAGGAAGUAAUAACGGACAAUCUUAUGAGAAGUAUCCAUCGAAUGAUGUUUAUGUUCAUAACACCCUGCCACAGCACCUGGAACACAUAACCCUGGACUGGACUACUUUGGUUCGAAGUCUUGUCGAGUCUGGAUGUACAUUAACCGCCCAAGUUCAGGGAGACAACGCAUUACCACCGGACUUUGCCGCAAACCAGUUGGUAUUUGGAACGUUUGACGAUUCAUACCUUACGCUAAACAACGAUCUCAACCUGCGGACGGAUCCAUCACAUCAACCACAGCAAUCACAACAGCAGCAGCAGCAGCAGCAUCAGCACCAGCAGCACCAACAACAGCAGCAACAGCAACAACAACAGUCACAUCAGCAACAUCCACAGCAGACACCGCCGCAGCAAUCGCCACACCUUAACUCAGUCACUUGUGGUUCACUUCCGAACAGUGUAAAUCACCAAAGUUACAGCCAUAAUCACAACGGAAGUAACGAACCACUGCUCAGCUUACAGACAGCUCCAAUAAUUCAAACUCCCACCACGAUACCAGAGAUUGUGUUUACCGAUUUCUCCACGAGAGCAGAGGACUUUGAAUCCGAACUGGGCCUUGGGCAGAUGGAUUUCCAGAGUUUUCAGAUGCUCUCCGAUACCGGCACAAUGAUUGACCCGAUGGACGAGGACAGUUUUCGACGGGAGCUUCAGUGAGACGACGUUCCGGCUGGUCGUGCUGAUGAUUCAACGACAACGCGGUUACAAGCUUUUGUUAAAUUACUUUAAGUUUUAGAGUUUACGUUUGCGUUUAUGAAAAGCUACGCGUUCGGGAGGAAAGUAUCUAUACCGAUACCUUCUCUUUCUGGAAGCACUUCGCGUAUGAGAUGGUUCAUUUUAAUACGAGUCAUGCUUUUAAAACGUAGGUAACCCCGAAAUAUCAUAAGACUAUUAAUGUGCAGUACUACUACAAGUGGUUAGUGUGUUUUAAGGUUUUACCGUAAGAAUGAUCAGAUACUUGAGAUAAUGAGGAACAAUUAGGUAAGUUAUUCGAUAGCGGCGGCAGGGCAAAGGUGAAUAGUUUAGAACACUAGCAUGUGAGCGACUUACCGAAGUAGUACAGAGCCGGGGAAGAGAACGAAACCUCCCGCAUGAGGCAGAUAUCCUGAAUUGGAAAAUAGACAUAAAAGCACAAAUCGACUCCGUAUACCGUUUACCUUAAUUUUGGCGCAAAUUUUUUUAGUUCUGUGUUGAUCAGGUUAAAUUCCGUACUAAUAUCAUGGAUUGAUAUUGCAUGCUUUACGUUAGCGAGUUUAUACAUGACCAUAGUAGUUUAUCUAUCUGCGGUAAUCAGAAGUUACGUUAACAAUAAUCGUACUAGCACGUCACUGGCCUGGUAUGCUAGUUGAAGCGAAGAGUUACGGAAAAUACUUAACAUUUAUUUAGAAGACAAGAUCGUUUGUGACUGAGAUGAUUUUUUAUGAGUGAGUCUCAAUCUUUUACAAAAACAACUACCGAAAGAAUGAUGAAGCUGUAUUUAGAUAGAGUUAUAUGCAAAAUAAAUUACUUGUGAGCCUUCAGAAAACUAAAUCCAAACGAAAGCAGCAUGCAAGGAAGUAUAUAUGGCUAAGAGAGACAGUGUGUAAUUUUAUUAAGAAAAAAAAAACUAGUUGAGAAGAUAAAUAUCGUAACAUAUCAAAACCAUUUUUUCCCUGCAGCAGAAAAAUAGAAAUCCAAUAAAAUCGCUCCCAGAAAUUUUAUACAAUAUAACCAAACCGAAAAUUUGAAUAGCAGUUUAAAUAUUGUUCAUUUUCUCUCGAUAUUGCUCUCUCAAAAAGUCGCAUUUCCAACUAGCCUUGCAGUCACUGUCUGUGAAUAAUUCUAUUUCACUAUGCUUCUACUAAGAUACAUGCUAUAAUACUGUUAAACCAUUACUCUCUUUCCUAUCUAUUAUACAAUCCGUUUUACAUUUGUCCUCGAAACGAUUAAACAAAUUAACAAACGAUCUUCACCUAAUACACAUUUUUGCGUUACAAAGGGACAACCACAGAUCAGUGUACUUCGAAGUUUAUUCUAAACGUCGAGCAAAAACAAAUGGAGCAAUGGUCACAACACAACAGAUGAAUGGAAAGCACCUGUUUAUUAUUGAAAUUGAAACAGACAAACAAAAAAAAAGAAUGAAAGAAUUAUCAAAAACUCUGAAGCGAAUGUGAAGAAAAACGACCUAGUGUAAAUUUUACACUAAGACCAUCAACAAAAAUGUAUAAAGUAUGUUUUAAGAUGAAAUAUGGUUUCUGUUUGUUUUUUCUUUAAUUUGUUGGUCCUUUAUUUUCAGCUGAUGUGUUAAUUCGUUGGUUUUGCUUUUGUUUUUCGAGGUUAAUAUUUUCGCUAAGAAUAUUGCAGAGUUCGUUACGACGUUUUAAUGUUAUUGCCAGUUUUUAUUGAUUGUUUUUGUUUGCUGUUCCCGAUGACGAAUGGUACAGUCAAACUUCUGUGCCAUUCAAAGCAAUUGUGAUCACGCCCCUUCUUCAUGAUUUGACAGGUAUGGAAAAGGAAAGCAUUUUCUCGUUGUACUUCGUACGAUUUUCCAGAAAUUAUGGCCUUAUUCUUGGGAACAAGGUAUUGGUACUUGGACCAAAUAUUUACUUAGUUUAGACGUUAAAUGUUAUGCGGAACUGGUUACUUGAUUGCUUUUCUAGUAUCAAAAACUAGUUUGAAAAUCCUAUUGACGGAAAUUUCUACUUUUUUAUCAGUACACUGCAAGUUUCAGAAUCUACAUCACCUAACCUUGGUCGAACUCAAGAUGCUGCUUCAAUAAAAAAGUGUUCAGAAUAGGCAAGCACCGGUGGAUUUUUCUGCACAUAGAAGCAGGAACGUUUAUCUCCCAUCUGGUCUCGAGGUACGAUGCUGGCCUAACAAGCCAGUCGUCGUAGGCUCGAGUCUCGGCUCGGGAGAGACUGUUAGUGUCAGUAGGACCGUAGCGCUAGCCCCGCAAUUGUCCUGUACACUAAACAGUCGGCUGCGAAGUCUGUGUAUAAAUAAACAGAAGGUCGGAAUGUAGCACCAAGGCUGCUUUGCUUUGCUUUAGAAGCAGGAACGUUAUCUAGUGACUACUAGCAACUUCUUCGUGUUAUUGCUAUAUCGUUUUUCUUCAGUUUACUAAAUAUUUUCUUUUAAGUGCUUUGAGUCAUGAUUUGUUUUUGGGGUCGCUUAUCGAUUUGCGUAAUUCAGCUGCGAGACGUGUAGUAUCACAAAAAAGCGGUUUGAAUGUUCUAAUGACAUUUUUUGGAAGCGUUAUGUUCUGUACUUUCUCUGUUCGUAAACAAUUUGAUUCCCAGUAUUCUAUUUUUCUAAUUGCGUACCAUACUUUAGGCUUUGUGGAAGCGCUUAUGAUUUGUUUAUAACUGUGAACUAAGACAUAUUAAAGUAUUUUCAUAAUCGAGACAAGAAGUUAUUAAGAUUGAUCAAUCUAAACGUUUCUUCUUAUGUGACGAGUUAAACCAUUUGGGUGUUUUUUUAAACUUCGCUAGACGUAGUUGUUCCGAUUAUCCAGCACUUUGAGCAAAACCUUGGGACAAACUUUUGACUCAAGUUUGCCAAGUAAUUCACAGUUAUUCGCCAACAAUAACAAUUACUCCAAUAAUGUAAAAUAAAUCAAAAGUGACGUUCUUUUCUUCACAUUUUCGUACUUCAUUAUUUAAAAUCGAUAGAACUGGUCAUAACUAGUUAAGACAUUUUUUGAAACUUCAUUUCAAAAGAAUCAAACAUGUUUGAGUUAUAACUUCUAAGUUAAGGCUUAUGUUACAACACGUUUCAAAAACUACUUAAUUAAAAAUUGGUUUUCCAUCUGCACCAAAUCUUGCACAUCGAACGUGUGUGAAAAGUUUUAUUCGGCUUUGUCGAUGACAUAUUUUUUUGUUGUUGUGGAAUUCUUCAAUUUCAAUUUCAUUACAAUUUUUUUUGCCUUUGCUUUGUUUCCCCUUUUUUCCAGUUUCUUGUGAAAGUGCAUGUUUAACAGUAAGUAUAUCUCAUAUAGUGUAUAUUUUUUGAGAUGAACAUAUACAAUUAGAAGAUUAUUUUCAACCAUCGACAGUACCUUUCGAAUGCGAUCCAAAAUCUAACACUGGUAUGCUGUGUAUAUGAAAAAAAAUAUAAUGAGAGAAAGCAAAAACGACGAAUAAUUCAAAACAUUAAAAAAAUAGAGAACUCGCACAAGUUUGUUCCAGCUUGCGCCUUACGUCUCUGUAAGUGUACCUUUUGUAUAGACUUAUUUUUUAAACAAAACGAAAAAGAGAUUUAUCAAUAUUUAUAAUUGACUCAAAUCUGAAUGUAAAUACAAAAAAAAAAAAUAGAAAUAAACUUGUAACCACGUUUGCCACAUUUUCCCUUUAAAUGGAAUCUUGUUACUGGAAGGAUUAAAAAUGCCCUUUAGUUUAAAUACUAUUACUAGGUAUUCAGACUUUAAGAUUUGUUAAUGUUUUCAAAUGUGUAUUAGAAUAGGCAGGAAAAGUAAUACGUGUAAUGCAGAAGGUGGAAUAUCCAAUUUUUCUUUAUCGUAUUACUUACACGCAGAACCAAAAAAAAAACGAAGCGAAAAUGAAAAUAUCGCAUUUCUGAUCUGUAUUCUUGUGUGACGUCAAUUACCAGUACAUGACCGCUGUGAAUCGUUAUUAGUUUCAACAUGAUUCAACAUUAGUAACGAUUAACACUCAGUGCGUUCAGGUGAUACCUACUCAACUGAUCCUGAGACAAAACGAGACACCUCGCUUGCCUUUUCUCUGCGGUCGAAUAGCAGCAAUCGUACAAAUGCAUUGCUUCCCUAUGAUCGAUCCGAAAGUAAUUUGGCCCAUCAUGAACAGGUCGGAAGAAGUUGAUAUUUAGGUGUACAAGGUUUCUGGUCUUGUUUUAGGAAAUAAAAACAGUCAUGGGUUUUCUAACCAUUCGAGCGUGUUUUCCUUCAGUAACAAUUGAUCCUCGAACUAUGUCAUUGUCAAAUAAUGUUAGUAAUCGUACCAAAAUGACCACACUUCAAAAAUACAAUCCGGACUAAAAAUGCAUAAAAUGUAUGUAUAACAACAGAAAUAAAAUCUAGCAGUUGUCGCUGUGAUGAAAAUCAAAAUCGCAUAAUAAAUGAGAA